CAGCCUUGCACUAAGAUGCGGGAAGCCAAACUACCCUCCUUUUCCAACUAUGGACUGCAGUGGUGUUUCAAGCAGCUAGGAAAGGAAGAAUUUCAGACAUUUAAGGAAUUGCUCAUGGAAAAUACUUCAGAACUGGCAACGUGCUCUUUUCCGUGGGUUGAAGUAAACAGUGCCAAUGUGGAACAUCUAGCUUCCCUGUUGCAUGAGCAUUAUAGAGAAUCUCUUGCCUGGAAAAUAUCUAUUCACAUUUUUGAAAAGAUGAACCUGUCCACACUCUCUGAGAAGGCAAGGAAAGAGAUGAAAAGGUAUUCACUGGCUGAAAUGCCAGAAAAUUCUACAAUGAAGAAUGACCAAGAACUGAGCAUGAAAGAAGUACCAGAAAUUUCACAAGCUAUAGAACAAGAUGGUGCCACAGCAGCAGAGAUGAAAGAACAAGAAAUCACGGGAGGGGCAGAGAGAGAAGGAAUGAGAGAAUCCCAAGCAGAGAGACAGAGAAUGAACGGGGGAGGGUCAGAGAAAGAGGGAAACACAGAAUCUGAAACAGGCUCUAGGGGCUGUGGAGGUAAUACAGGGGACUACAAGAGUCACGUGAUGACAAAAUUUGCUAUGAAGCUGGACGCACACCAUGGUGUUGACAACUUUGCCUUUGACUGUCCAGAAAUGCAAAUACUAUUUGAUGCUUUUAAUCCAGACCAGAGGGGCUUCCGGCCUCACACUGUGGUUUUGCACGGGAAAUCAGGAAUUGGGAAAUCAGCUUUGGCCAGAAAGGUCCUGCUGUACUGGGCGCGAGGUGAACUCUACCAGGAAAUGUUCUCCUAUGUCUUCUUCCUCCAUGCCAGAGAAAUGCCGUGGAUGAGGGAGGUCAGUUUUGCAGAGCUAAUUUGCAGGGAGUGGCCACACUCACAGGUUCCGGUGACGGAGAUCAUGUCCCAACCAGAAAGGCUUUUGUUUGUUGUUGAUGGUUUCAAUGACCUGGACUUUGCUUUCAAAGAUGCUGACUUGGGUCUCUGUGAAGACUGGGGAGACAAGCAACCCAUGUCCGUUCUGAUGCACAGUCUGCUGAAGAAAGUCCUGCUCCCUGAGGCCUCCCUGAUGAUCACCGUCAGAGACACGGGCAUAGAAAAGCUCAAAUCCAUGGUCCUGUCACCCCGUUACCUGUUAGUCAGGGGCAUCUCCGUGGAGAAAAGGGUUCAGUUGCUCCUUAAGCACAUGAAGAAUGAGCAUCAGAAGACGAAAGUCUUGAACUCAGUGGUGGACAACCACCCGCUGUUUAACGAGUGCCAGGUCCCCAUCUUGGGGUGGCUCACCUGCGAGGCUCUGAAUCUGCAUGAGGCGUCGGGAAAGAGCCUUCCUCCUUCCUGCCAGACCCUCACGGGCUUGUACACCACCUUUCUGUUCCAUCAUCUCACUCCCCGAGACCCAUCCCAGCGCUGUCUCAGCCAGGAAGAGAGAGCCACCUUGAAGAGCCUGUGCCGCAUGGCGGUGCAGGGAGUGUGGAACAUGAAGUUUGUGUUUUACGGAGAUGACCUGAGUGUUCACGGACUCAGGGAAUCCGAGCUCUCCGCUCUGUUUCACAUGAAUGUCCUCCUCCGAGACCAUGGCCACGAAAGGUGCUACACGUUCCUGCACCCCAGCAUCCAGGAGUUCUGUGCUGCCCUGCACUACGUUCUAGAAGGACUGGAAAUGGAGUGGGAUCCCUACCCCGUGUUCAUGGAGAACAUAAGGAGCUUGAUGGAGCUCAGACAAAUCAGCUCCAAUGCUCACUUGCUCCAGAUGAAGCGUUUCCUGUUUGGCCUCAUGAGCAAAGAGGUGAUGGGGACCCUGGAAGUCCUGCUUGGAUGUCCAGUCCCCCUGGUGGUGAGGCAGGGGCUUCUGGGCUGGAUCUCCCUGCUGGGUCAGCAGCCCAGCACCCCCUCCCCUCUGGACUUCCUGGACUCCUUCUACUGUCUUUUUGAGACUCAAGAUGAAGACUUUGUUUGCUUGGCAUUGAACAGCUUCCAAGAAGUGUGGCUUCCAAUGAACCGGAGAAUGGAUGUCCUGGUGUCCUCCUUCUGCCUCCGGCAUUGCCAGUAUUUGCGGAAAAUUCGGAUGGAUGUGCAGGAGAGCCUCUCAAAGGAUGAGUUCACUGAGGCACAGCCCCUGAGUCCCCAAGGGAAGCCGGCGAGGCGCCUUGCUGAUGAGUGGUGGGGAGACCUCUGCUUCGUGCUCAGCACCCACCCAAGCCUGCGGCAGCUCGACCUGAGUGGCAGCAUCCUGAGUGAAGCGGCCAUGAAGACCCUCUGUGCCACGCUGAGGCAGCCAACCUGUAAAAUACAGAAUCUGAUAUUUAAAGGUGCAGAGGUUACCCUUGGUCUUCGUCAUCUCUGGACGACUCUCAUUUCCAACCGUAAUAUUAAAUACCUGAGCUUGGAAAGCACCCACCUGAGGGAAGAAGAUCUCAUGAUGGCGUGCAAAGCGUUAAGACACCCAAACUGUUUGCUGGAGUCUUUGAGGUUGGAUCACUGUGGAUUAAACCCCACCUGUUGCAUGGUGAUCUCCCAAAUCCUUCUUACAUCCAUCAGCCUAAAAUCUCUGAGCCUCGUAGGAAAUAAGAUGACAGCCCAGGGCAUAAAGCCCCUCUGUCAUGCCCUGAUUGCCUCACAGUGCACCCUGCAGAAGCUGAUACUGGGGAACUGUGGCCUCACCGCGGCCGACUGCCAGGACCUGGCCUCGGGCCUCACCAGCGGCCAGAGUUUGACACACCUGUGCCUGUCCAGCAACAGCCUGGGGAGCGCAGGCAUGAAUCUGUUGUGUCGAGCCAUGAAAUCCCCCAACUGUGGGCUACAGAGGCUGAUACUAAAAGAAUGUAACCUGGAUGUCGCUGGCUGUGGCUUUCUUGCAUUUGCACUUAUGGGCAACAGACAUCUGACACACCUGAGCCUCAGCAUGAACCCCUUGGAAGAUGACGGGAUGAACCUUCUGUGUGAGGUCAUGAUGGAGCCAUCUUGUCACCUCCAGGACCUGGAACUGGUUAAGUGUCAUCUCACUGCCACCUGCUGCAAGAAUCUGUCCCAGGUGAUCUCAAGGAGCAAAUACCUGAAGAGCCUGGAUCUUGCCGCCAACGCCCUGGGUGAUCAUGGCAUCGUAGAGCUGUGCGAGGGACUAAAACACAAGAAGGCUUGUCUGAGGAGGCUUGGGUUGGAGGCAUGUGGACUGACUUCAGACUGCUGUGAGGCACUCGCUUCGGCCCUCCUCUGCAGCCAGCGCCUGACCAGCCUAAAUCUGAUGCGGAACAAUUUCAGCCCUGCAGGAAUGAUGAAGUUAUGUCCAGCCUUUGCACAGCCCACAUCUAAUCUACAAAUAAUUGGGCUGUGGAAAUGGCAAUAUCCUCCUCAAAUAAGGAAGCUACUGAAGGAGGUCCAGCUACUCAAGCCACACAUUGUAAUUGGGGAUGGUUGGUAUUCUUUUGAUGAAGAUGACCGGUAUUGGUGGAAAAACUGAAGAUGCGAAAACCCUCCCCACCCACACGCAUUCUGAUGGAGGAACAUUGAAAGCUGUGCCCAGGACGUCCCUCUCGGAGAUGGAAUAUGAUUUCUGAUUCUCACAAAGCCCUCAUUGGUAGUUAUUCUUGUGUGUCCAAUAUAUCCCGGCUGUUGGAUUUGCCUCUGACAUAGCCUGUGACCUUCAAGUCCUAGGAUUUCUGUAUCUAUGAAAUGUCUGUCCUACUCAGAGCAUAUCAAACAUUGAGAGCAUUUGGGGAAUAAGUACCAUGUGUCCUUGUGCAGUGGAGAUAUGAUCCAGGAGAAGAGUGGGGAAACAGGUCCCCAAAGUGGCCCCCAAAUGUUAGUGACACAAUUCUGCUGGAGUUAAAAUAAAAUAUUGAAGCACAAUCCAAAAGUCAAAGAAGGUGUGACUAUCAAUAUCGAAACUUAAACACAAAGUCGAGCGCAUUGCUUAGUGUAGUGAAGAACUGGUCUACCACCAUCUCUCUGAGAAGAGCAGACUGCUGAUCUCAUGUAGGCAGGGAUGUGGGGGAGCAUGGGGUUCAGGGAUUGGUGGAUCUUUGGGGUGAGUUGACAUGUAGCAUUCACAGGUGUAUUUACCAGAGUGAAUCCUUCCUGAUUGGCUGGAUUUCAGAAGCUAAGGGGAGUCCUUGGUUGGCUUGUCAAAGCAUGUUCACCAAGGCAAAUUGUCUUGGAUCCAUUUAAUGGGUUUACACCUGGUUGGGUAGCUACUUGUUACCAUGGCUACAGAUCAGUCUCUUUCUAGGAAAGUGGGAAAUUCUUGGGGUUCUCACCAACAUGUACUUCUUUUUAUUAUUCCUCAUAUUUAUCUAGUCUAUGAUGAUGAUACCUAACACACAUAGUCCUUAUUGCGUGCCAGGCUCUAUCCUAAGCACAAUCUACAACCCAUUUGGUCUUCAAAUCCAAGGAUGAUUUUUCAAACCUGGAAAUGUUUUAGGCUUGUUCCCUGUCAGCUUAAAUCAGAUGGUGAUUGGCCUGCCUCCUCUCACCCCUGUAAUAUGGCUGACGAAAAGUUUUUGCCAGGCAUAGGAGAAACGUCAGCCCUGUGGUUUCCUUGGGUUUAUGCAGUUAGCAUUAUCUUCAAUCUGUGGUGUCUUUGCAGGAAUACUUUUUUUAAUGUUUAUUUAUUCAUUUUGAGAGAGGAAGAGUGCACACGAGGGGAGAGGGGCAGAGAGCAAGGAGCAGAGAGAAUUCCAAGCGGCUCGAUCUCAUAACCCUGGGAUCAUGACCUGAGCCAAAAUCAAGAGUUGGACGCUCAACCAACUGAGCCACCUAGCCGCCCCAGGAAUACUUUUUAAACACAUUCUGGGAGUGUUCACAGUACAUCAUGCUGUAUAUUGGGCCAGUGGGACAGGGUUUGUGGGAUACGAAUGGGGGAGGGGUGUCACAGUGACACCUUCUAAACUGGAGUCUUCAGAACAUCACAUGGGACACAUGACUAUCUGACCUACAGACCCAGUGAGGCAGUACCACUAAUGCGUGUGUUAAAGCUAAUAAAGCAUUACUCUUUCAGUCUUUUUUAAAGACUAUCAUGUUAUUUAUAGCUAAAAGUACCUAAUGCCCGCCUUCUGUGUUUAAUGGACUUUCUUGAGCACUGCUUGUCCCUGUCUCCCCUGACA